CUUUGCUUGGAUGUGAAUUUGACGUGUUAAAAAAAAAACCCGAUAACCGCCAGCCGUUAUGGGGAAAAAAGGCAAGAAUGAAAAGAAAGUGAAAGGCGCGGAGAAGACUGCUGCCAAAAUGGAGAAAAAGGUUUCAAAAAGGUCCAAACGUGAAGAGGAAGAUUUGGAGGCUCUGAUUGCUGAAUUUCAGAGUUUGGAUGCAAAGAAGACCCAAGUUGAGGAAACAGCAUGCGCCCCUCCAUCACCAAGAUUAAGUGCAACCCUCUCCACUCAUCCAGAUAAAGAUGAGCUCAUCCUUUUUGGCGGCGAAUUCUUUAAUGGAAAGAAGACAUACCUGUACAAUGAUCUCUUUUUCUACAACAUCAAAAAGAACAGCUGGGUUAAGUCAGAGAUUCCCAACCCUCCUCCCCCACGCUGCUCUCAUCAGGCGGUGACCGUGUCUCAAGGUGGGGGCCAGCUCUGGGUAUUUGGGGGAGAGUUUGCCUCUCCAAAUGGGGAACAGUUUUACCACUACAAGGACCUUUGGGUGUUGCACCUGUCUAAAAACACCUGGGAGAACAUCAAAGCGCCUGGUGGUCCAUCAGGUCGCAGCGGGCACAGGAUGGCCUUCAUCAAGAGACAGCUGCUGGUGUUUGGAGGUUUCCAUGAGAGCACAAGAGAUUUCAUCUACUACAAUGACAUCCACUUGUUCUCACUGGAAACCUUCUCUUGGACUCGCCUCUCUGCGUCAGGCACCGCCCCCUCACCACGUUCCGCCUGUCAGAUGACCGCCACGCCUGAUGGCUCAGCUGUCAUGAUCUAUGGAGGAUACUCUAAAGUGAGACUGAAAAAGGAUGUAGAGAAGGGAACCAUCCAUUCGGACAUGUUUCUCCUCAAGCUAGAGGGCAAAGAUGGCCAAGAUUGUUUGUGUCUUACAGAGAAGUGGACUUGGUCCCGGUUGAAUCCCUCGGGUAGCAAGCCUCCUCCCCGCUCUGGCUUCUCAAUGGCAGUGGGCCCUUCAGGGCGGUCCGUGUUGUUCGGUGGAGUUUGUGAUGAAGAAGAGGAGGAGACGCUGGAGGGGGACUUUUAUAAUGAUCUCUACUUGUACGACAUGGUGAAGAACCGCUGGUACCCUGGUCAGUGCAAGGGUAACAAGAUAGAGAAGAAGAAACGUCGGCGAGGGAAGAAGGACGAAGCUGAUGGGGAGGAUUCAGAUCAGGUGACAGAAGAGAAGGGUCUGCAAGGACCCACUGAAGUUAUCAAGGAGAUAGUUACAGAAGACGGCACAGUGAUGACCAUCAAGGAAGUAAUCCCUGGAGCUCAGGAGGUGGAGGAAGAUGAGAAUGAACAGGAGGAGGAGGAUGAAGAGGAGGAUGCGUCAGUUCUUGUCGAGCCCUGCUCACGGUCCAACGCCAUGGCAACAGUGCGUCAGGGCAAACUCUUCUUGUACGGCGGAAUGUUUGAGGUGGGCAACCGGCAGUUCACCCUUAACGACUUGUACUGUCUGGAUCUUCACAAGAUGGACCAGUGGGAUGUGUUGGUUGAGAUGGACCCAAAGACCCAGGAAUGGCUGGAGGAGUCUGCCUCAGAGGAAGACGAUGAUGAUGAUGAUGAAGAAGAGGAGGUAGAAGGAGGAGCAGAGGGAGGAAAAGAGGAGUCUGAUGAGGAAGAUGACAAUGAGCACCCUGCAGUGAUGGACGAGGAGACGUUGAGCGAGUACCAGGCCCGCACUGAGCAAUACUGGAUAGGACUUGCUCGCACCAACAUGGGCCCUGAUGCCAAGGAUAAAAAAGUCGCCAAGGUCGCCUUAGCGAUGGCUAAAGUCUUCUAUGAAGACCACUUGGAGGAGGCUUGAGUGUGCCUUGUAAAAUAUUUGUAUGUUUUAUACAAAGGAAUGUAACUGUUGGAUAUUAAUCACAAUCAAUUUGACCACAGAUUUUUGGUACCUGUUGUCUAUGCAUUAUUAUUUCUGUUAAAGGGACAAAAGCCUCAGCUCCACAUUGCAAUUGGAGUUUGGAUGAAUUUUUAGUGCUUUAGGUUUUGAUGGCUAUCACAGGAUUGCUUGCUGAAAGCUUGAAUACUGUCUUGCGUGAAUUACUGAUGCGGUGAAAAAAUGCCAGCUAGCUAACAGGCGAAAAUACCUCACAAGAAUAUAAUACACUACAACCUUCCAGCUCAGAACCCGGUGUUUUUUCUCUCUCUUUUUCUAUAUACACUGGUUCACCAACCAACUCCCGACUAGUACUCUACCAACGUUGUUAAUGUUUUCUGAUUGUCUUCACGUCCUGUCUGUUCUCAACCAGAUUCAAGCAGCCGUCUCUCCUCUUCUCUAUUUUUCUCUUCGUCUGUCCCCUUUACAAAUGUAUACAGUGGGGUGGCAUUCCAAAUGAAUACAAUAAAAUACAACACAAUCCCACCAUGA